AUGGAGCGCGGAAAGGAUGAUACGCGAGAGCCUAUUAAGCGAAGGAGGAUCAAACAAGCAUGUGACUAUUGUCGUUCCAAGAAAGCUAAAUGCGAUGGCAUAUCACCAUCAUGCACAAAUUGUACCACCAACGGUGAAAACUGUACAUACACGUACUCUUCUAAAAGGCGAGGCUUGCCUACCGGGUACACGCAUGAUUUAGAAAAGAAAGUUGCAAUUUUACAAGCAGUCAUUACAAGCACAAUACAACAACAUCCAGACUUCGAAAGUGCCAUAUGGCAGAGCUUAAAGAAUCAAAAUGAAUUUAUUGCUAAUUUGCGACAGUUGAAUAAGUUAUGGACCAACCAUUCGAUAUCAAAGUAUAUUGAAACGAUACUGCACCAAGACUCCCCCGAGUUUAAGAGCUUUAAAAGCGUCGCGUUGCUUAAAUCGGAGACCUUUAACGGUGCCAAUGAAGAUGCAACCGGGGAUAAAAUGCCACUGCCGCCAAAGAGUACGACGAGUAACACUGUUCCGAACAUUGUUAAACAGGAGAAGCUGACUUCUGUAUCAGAACGAGAUGACGCCACAUCAACAAUGAGCCACAAUACUUACGCGACUCAACCUAUCCCUCAUUCCCAAGGACUAGAGGAACCAACAACACAGUAUACUAGUACCCUCUCAACGACAUCAGGAAUUUACGAAUCCAAUAACUUUGUCAACGACCCCUCAUUCUUUUUAAACUACGAUAUAUUCCAAUUUAUCUCAGACGAGAUCGAGUCUUCCGGAGGUGCCGAGAACUGGGAACCUGUAGCUUUGCAGUACCACGGGUUGUCAUCCAUUAUAUCUGGAUUCACAAACAAAGCAAUACAACAAAAUUACAAAAAGAAACCAAAUAGGAAGAAUCCAUUUAGGGUGGGGUCGAUCUUUAAUGUUUCAUCAUUUGCAAUAGAUGCUAACCUUCAAGAUAAAAUACAGCUUCCUCACGAAAUCUUUCAAUUUCCACCAAAUGUUCGUAUGCUUGUCGAUAACUAUUUCCGAAUAUUUCAUGUUUUAAUGCCAAUGUUGGAUAAAAUCAAUGUAAAAAGACAACUACAUCAUCUCCAGCUGCCCCACGGAGACGCAAGGCAAGUCGAUUGUAAUUUAGUUGCUCUUAUAUGGGCUGUUGUGGCAGUAGGCGAAGCCAGUUCCAAUCUAACUGGUGAUUUUACAGCUGGAUUAAUGUAUGCUAAAAAUGCCAUUUUAGCAUUGGAAAAUUCAUUGACAUCAACCAUCGAGACGAUGCAGGCAAUGUUGAUUUUAGGUUUGUUUUACUAUCAAGCAGGGCAAUGGGAUUACUCCUGGGUUUUGAUCAGUUCCAGUUCAAGAAUGGCUAUAGAUGUACGUUUGAUGAGAUCAGCUACCGACGAGGAGAAUAGCAAGUAUCAAACGAGCAGUACUUUGAAUAAUAUUAGUAGGCAGAGAACAUGGGCCACUGUCUAUGUUAUAAAUACAUUAUUGUCAGCAAGAAUGGGACGCUCACCAGUAGUGAGAGCGGCAGAUUGGCCCAUCCCACAAAUCGACACUGAUGGCUGGGAGGAAUGGGACUCAUGGGAAUACUAUCACUCAUCUGAGUCAAUAAAGUUAGACCAUGGACGGUUCUUGUCCAGUUUUAACCAGUUUGUUAAAAUAGUGUCUAUUUUGAACCUUGCCAUCACGUCAACAAUAAAUACCUCCACAGGCAUCGUUGAUGAUGGUGUUGUCGGUGGGAAAAUUAACUAUGACGAUCGAAAGAACCCCAGUAGUAUGACCAUGAGCAAUUUCGAAGCUAAGAUCAAUGACUUUGUUCGAAACUUGCCCGAUUAUUGCCGAUUGAAAGAUCGUGCCAACCCGCCACCAUACCUAGCUAUUGAAGGAGUUAAACAAUUAGUCUGGUGUGUAUUGGUUGUGAGAUUGAGUUCGUUAAAGAGCAACAGCGAGACGCACGAGAUGUUGAUAAAGGCAAGAGAUAAGCAAUACACCAAAGCAAUUAUGGCCAUGCGUAGUGUGUUCAAACCAGAGGUGGUUAAAAUUAUCAAAAUGUACCCAUUUCUCGAUUACUUCCUUACAAUGGCAAUGAACUUUCCCCAAAUGAUGGAAUUUGCCACUGAUCAUGAAAAAGUACAACAUUGUCGUGAGAUUAGAAGCUUAUUGAUUCAGAGUGCUGCAACUUCACCGCCAAUGAGAAUUUCAGUUGAAAUCUCCCAACAAAUGAAUUUGGAUCAGUUGCAAUUCGAUACACCGAAGGCACAAGAAAGUCCAACUAUCGCCAACUUACUAAAUUCGCCUACUCAUGAGCCACAAAAAGCUGAAUUGUCUAUACCGGAAUCUCUGGCGAUAAAGGAAGAGGAUGGUCGAGUGCCUUCAAGUCACUUGCCAGAGGAAGAUGAGGAAGAGGUGCAGAAUCAAGCGCGUGCAUUGCUAACUGGUGUUAAUGCGUUAAGUCCACCUCCAGGUACUACUGGCUCUACGCCUACCGCAACUGGUCCAAUUGGAGCAACGAAUGAACAUGAUCAAUUUGCAAUGGGCAAUGGUAGCUCGAUGCACCCAAUACCUCAACACGUGCAACAAGCAGUACAGCUGUCAGUGCGAGGGAUGCAGCCUGUCGCCCCAAUGCAGUCGAUGCAGGCAAUGCCCCCGCCACAAGCAAUGCAGCAAAUGCAGACAAUGCCUCCGACACAAUCAGUACAACCAAUGAACCCAAUGCAAUCAAUACAACCAAUGCAACCAAUUCAACCAGUACAGCCAAUGCAGCCAAUGCAGCCAAUGCAGUCGGUGCAACAGUCACAGUUUCCUCAAACUCCCUUCUAUCCUGUUCUACCAAAGAGCUUUCAAACUUAUGCGAACCAACAAUGGACUCCACCAGGAAACAACAAUAUUCAGCAUCCGCAAUAA